CGCCGACGUCGGAUUCAUCGGGUGCUCCAUCCCAAGGUUGGAACAGAACCAUGAAACGCGGCUGGACCGGAACUUUCCAGGUCGCAGUUUCGGCGGCUGAGACAUGGUGCACUGCUCUGAGUCAAAUGCCAGUCUGCCACCAGAAACACAAGGACCAGUCUGCAGGGAUAGAUUAACAGCAGAUAUCAGCAACAGUGGAGCAUAGACAUUUUCAGAGGAAAAGAACCAUUCCUCACUGCAAUGAUUGAUAUACCCUGACAUAGAUGUGAUGAGGCUUGUGGUCAGGAACGAAGCAGAUAUAGAACAGUCGAUGGCUGGCUUCACUUGUGGCUGCGAUUAUUUCGCGGGAGCCUUGAGGAGAGAAGGAUCGGAAGUCGAGAUCUUAUGUAACCCAUGCUUCCUUCUUUGGGACUGUGGUCAUCUUGCUCUUGGCUGGCCAUGCGGGUGCGAAUGUACGGAAGUAUCCCCUCAUGGACAAGCGGACAUCUGCGUAUGUCUGCUGGACUUUAAAGCUUCUGGGGUUGCAUGGAAAUGUCUUACUCCCGGUCACCCCUUUCUCUUUCUACCAACGAUGGCUCCCCCGCACAUUCCUGGAAUCAACAUCCCGUUCUUAACCGGCCCGAUGGUCCUCGGUUACAUGUGGACCUACUUCCUCUACGGGGUCCUCGUUGUUCAAGUUUAUAUUUACUCUGAGAGUUUUCCCAACGACCGGAAGCUCAUGAAAGUUGUGGUCUAUUCCAUGUUCUUCUUGGAGACCAUCUUCACUAUCUUUUCUACCAUCGCCGCCUGGCAAAUGUUCGGCGACGGCUGGGGCGACCCAAACACCCUUCUUUUCCUUCCCUGGUCUUUCAUCCCGCUUCCGGAACUGAAUGGCAUCCUCGCUUCGAUGGCGCAGGGCUUCUACGUCUGGCGCAUUUGGACUCUGACGAAGAGCAUCUGGGUGCCCAUUGUCAUCAGCAUGGUCUCACUGAUGCAGAUGGCGGCCUCCUUCUAUUUCGGUAUUGCGGUGACCUUGGGCAACCUGAGCACCCUAAAACUCCUCCAGUCGACAAGCGAAGUGACGAUCUGGCUCGUCGGCAGUGGGGUCUGCGAUAUUCUUAUCACCAUCGCCUUGGUCACCAUUCUCGCCCGUCGCAAGGGAGGCUCGCAGUUCGCGCGGACCUCCGGUGCGCUGAAUAAGCUCAUCCGGUUCAGUGUCGAGACCGGUCUGAUCACCACGACCGGAGCCGUCGUCGACCUCAUCCUAUGGCUGAGCAUGCCCCACUUCAACUGGCAUUUCAUCUUCUUCUUGACGAUCGGUCGCCUAUACUCCAAUGUGCUCGUGGCAACGCUCAAUGCGCGCCCCGUUCUCCAGGGUGGCAGUGUCGUGUCCGCUAUGCAAGCACACGCCAACACGUCCAUGUUCAACGACGCGACCUCCGACCCAAAGCACAACAUCAGCGGUAUGAAUCCCCGCGUGGGCAUGCCCGGUGUUCGGAUCACGCACGCGAGCCGCAUGGAAGAUGAUCGGGGAGAAAACAUCGUCAUGGCUGACUUCCGCAACGGCAACAAGGGUGGCCUGGACAACCGCAUGAAACUAUCGGACGACGAUUACAACAAGGUCCCGGAGUUUUAAUCCUGCGCUCUUUCUCGGUCCCUCUGAUGGAAAGACCAUAUGGACUAUUUAUUCAGUUUGGGUCGUUUACUUAUUGUUGUAAUUUACUUUAAAAUACUGUACAUUUAACGUGCACGUUCAAACAACGAAUCGGGGACACCCGCUGAUUAUCUACUCCAACACGAAUGCCA